AUGGCCAAUCAUUAUAGUUUUGCCUUAUUUCUUCGUAUCACUGACAAAGACACUAUUUUACUUCUCCUGUAUGUGGAUGAUAUGAUCAUGAUUGGUGAUGACCUCAAUGGCAUUCAAGAACUCAAGAAUUUUCUUAGUCAGCAGUUUGAGAAAAAAGAUUUCGGACAUCUUAGCUACUUGGGUCUUAAAAUCACUCAUUCUACAGAUGGACUUUAUAUUACUCAAGUCAAGUAUGCCUCUGAACUCUUAUCUAAAGCUGGACUCACUGAUAGCAAGACUGUUGACAUUCUAGUUGAGCUUAAGGCGCAUCCAACUCUCUUAGGGGGGAAACCAUUUUCUAAUCCCUCUUUUUACAGACGCUUGGUUGGUAGCCUAGUUUAUCUCACUGUCACUCAUUUAUACAUUUCCUAUGCUGUUCACCAGGUGAGCCAGUAUCUGUCUACUCUACGAUCGACUCACUAUGCUGUUGUUUUGCGCAUUCUUCGAUACCUAAAAGGCACUCUUUUCCAUGGUCUUUUCUACUAUGCUCAGUCUCCUUUUAUUCUCUGUGCAUUUUCUAAUGCUGAUUGGGCAGGAGAUCCCACUGAUUGCAGGUUCACCACUAGUUAUUACUUUCUUCUUAGUUCUUCUCUGAUUUCUUGGUGA